AAACGGGAUGCAGUUUACCAACGACAAAAGAAUGGCACACUAACCAAGGCUAAGCUCUUCGUCAUCUCUUCCUCAUUGACCAUUUCUUUGCUCAAAUUCAAUCGCCAAAGCUCGAAACUCUACUGCUCGGAAUCGUCGAAAAAUGGAUCUCAUCCAAGUGAACAAGGAAUCAGGCGGGAUCGGAAUCAUCACGAUCAACCGUCCGAAAUCUCUCAAUUCUCUCACGAGAGCGAUGAUGGCGGAUCUCGCGCGCGCGUUCAAGGAGAUGGACGCCGACGAGUCGUCCAGGUCGUGAUUUUCACCGGAGCGGGUAAAAUCUUUCUGCUCCGGCGUCGAUUUGACCGCGGCGGAGUCGGUUUUCAAGGGAGACGUGAAGGAUCCGGAGACCGACCCGGUGAUUCAGAUGGAGCGGUUGAGAAAACCGAUCAUCGGAGCGAUUAACGGUUUCGCCAUCACCGCAGGGUUCGAGCUCGCCUUGGCCUGCGAUAUUUUGGUCGCAUCCAGAGGAGCUAAGUUCAUGGAUACUCACGCCAGGUUUGGGAUAUUCCCUUCGUGGGGUCUGUCUCAGAAGCUGUCGAGGAUCAUCGGAGCAAACAAAGCUCGUGAAGUUUCGUUAACGUCGAUGCCGUUGACAGCUGACGUGGCUGAGAAGUUAGGGUUUGUAAACCACGUGGUUGAAGAAGGGGAAGCUUUGAAGAAAGCUAAAGGAAUCGCGGAGGCUAUCAUCAAGAAUGAACAAGGCAUGGUUCUGCGGAUUAAAUCCGUCAUCAAUGAUGGACUCAAGCUUGAUCUUGGUCAUGCUCUUACACUCGAAAAGGAGCGAGCUCACGCGUACUACAGUGGGAUGACAAAGGAACAGUUCAAGAAGAUGCAGGAGUUCAUAGCUGGACGUGGUUCCAAGAAACCUUCUUCCAAGUUAUAGAUAAACAUCUGUUUAUCUUUUACAUAAUACUCUCUUGAAUAAUAAUAAAAUAUCUUUUGUUUGUUUUUGAAGUGUAACGCUCAUCAAAUUAAAGUAGCGUGAGAUUCCUGUCUCAGUUGAAGACAUGUGUAUAACUGGAAAGAUGGAAUCUGUACUCUUUAAAUAAAUCUGGUAGAAAUAAUCGUCAGAGUGUUGUGUUAGCUAAACCUAAAACACUAUCUCCUAUACUGAAAGAUGGAUAAUCCAAAACAGUACCGAUCACUCUUCAUAUUGAUUAUCUUCAUUUCUACAAAUAUGUCACAUGCUGACCCCAAAUAUAGCGUUCCAGUUCCAAACGGUCCAUCAACAACAGGAUCUGUAUUUCUUCCUUUCGGAAAAAUAACUGUAGAGAUCAUCAACGAUAUUGGUAACACACUAACGCUGAAGUAUCACUGUAAAUCGAAAGAUGAUGACUUUGGUAAACGCAGUUUGCAACCGGGUAAGUCGUGGUCGUUUAAAUUUCGGCGUCAGUUCUUCGGAAGGACAUUGUUUUCCUGUAGUUUUGCCUUGCCAAAUGGAAUGUAUUCGUUCAACAUAUAUGAAGACCACCGAGAGAGCGCCGGCGAUGACUGGUGCCAAAAGUGUGUGUGGAAGAUAAGACAAACCGGACCUUGUAGGUUUAAUGAUGUAACUAAACAGUUUGAUCUCUGUUAUUCUUGGAACAAGUCCUUGUAUUCACCAAGAUUUAACCAAGAAGAAUUACAUAAUAUAUAACUUAUAUUAUUCCAUCUUAUAAUAGGUGUAUCAUCGUUCAUCAAAGAUACUAAUAAUAACAGUUGAUAGUGGUGGUUAUACAGAUACAUGAAUAUACAAGGACAUGUAAAACCCAGUAGUGUCCUAAUAAUCCUACUGAGGUGUUGUAUGAACAGCAGCAACGGUAGAUACCAUCGUGUCCACACCGCAGAUGUUCUGACUUCCCCUGCAGAUUUUGUAGUAACCCUUCUCUCCCCACAUGGAUCCCCAUGAAUUCUUAAUGAUCCAAUA